UGUAGCUCUCAGGGGGUGGAUUUUCUCUCUUUACUUCACUAAGAAGUGGAUUGUGUAGCAGAGAAGCAGCGGGGGGGAUGAUGCUCCUGCUUAUGAAGCAGGGUGUGUGCAGUGAGAGAGGCAGAGAAAGGAGUGUGCUCUAACUGGCACUGGAAGGUUGCUGCUGGUGUAAAAGCAACAAGGGUGUGACGACCAAUGUGUAAUGGAUCCAAGUAUGCAGUGACACACCUUGUGAGACGGACGGGGAAGCUACAAUUGCCUUCCUGUACUGGAAUGAUACAGAGUCAUACACAGCACUGUGCUGCAGGCGGGUGUGACUGACUACAGAGGAGACAGAGACAGCUACUUACAGUUAUAUAUGUACGGCGGAGGAGAGUGUGGUCCCGUCCCAGAGAUACUGUACUGAUGAAAUAGCCGGACUCCAGGAGGAGAUGGCUUUCCACGUGGAAGGACUGGUGGCAAUAAUUAUCUUCUAUCUGGCUAUUCUGUUCGUGGGCAUCUGGGCUGCCUGGAGAACUAAGAACUUGCGUGGUGAUGGAGAUCCCCGGGAAGGGAUUAUUGUGGGUGGCAGAGAUAUAGGACUGCUCGUUGGUGCUUUUACUAUGACUGCUACAUGGGUAGGUGGAGGAUAUAUCAACGGAACAGCAGAAGCUGUGUAUGUGUCAGGGUAUGGGCUUGCGUGGGCUCAAGCACCAAUUGGCUACUCCCUCAGUCUUAUUCUAGGUGGCCUAUUCUUUGCAAAACCCAUGCGAUCCAAGGGAUAUGUAACCAUGCUGGAUCCUUUCCAGCAGAUCUAUGGGAGAAGAAUGGGAGGAUUGCUCUUUAUUCCUGCACUAAUGGGAGAGAUGUUCUGGGCUGCUGCAAUACUUUCUGCUUUAGGUGCUACCAUAAGUGUUAUAGUGGACAUUGACAUCAACAUAUCAGUGGUAGUGUCUGCAUUGAUUGCCACUUUCUACACUCUUGUUGGUGGACUGUACUCUGUAGCCUAUACUGAUGUUGUUCAACUUUUCUGCAUCUUUGCGGGAUUGACGAUCAGUGUUCCCUUUGCAAUGACUCAUCCCGCAGUAGCAGACAUCACACUGACAGCUGUAGAAGAAGUUUACAAGGAGCCUUGGCUGGGCAGCAUAAGGAGGGAAGAUGUCUGGUCUUGGCUUGACAGCUUCAUGCUUCUGAUAAUGGGAGGUAUCCCUUGGCAGGCUUAUUUCCAGAGGGUCCUGUCAGCAUCCUCUGCAACCUAUGCUCAAGUACUUUCCAUCUUAGCAGCCUUUGGCUGUUUACUUAUGGCUGUCCCCUCCAUUCUCAUUGGAGCUAUAGGAGCCUCUACAGAUUGGAAUCAUACUGAAUAUGGCUUACCUGAUCCACAGACCAGAAACGAAACAGAUAUGAUUCUACCAAUUGUUCUUCAGUAUCUCUGCCCACCGUAUAUUUCUUUCUUUGGACUCGGUGCUGUAUCUGCAGCUGUAAUGUCAUCCGCAGACUCUUCCAUCUUGUCAGCCAGCUCCAUGUUUGCAAGAAAUAUCUAUCAACUUUCAUUUAGACAAAAUGCUUCAGAGAGGGAAAUUGUCUGGGUUAUGAGGAUUACCGUAUUUAUAUUUGGGGCAGCUGCAACAGCCAUGGCAUUGCUGGCAAAGUCAGUAUAUGGACUUUGGUAUCUAAGCUCCGAUCUGGUCUACAUCGUCAUCUUCCCUCAGCUGCUCUGUGUCCUAUUUAUCAAAGGGACCAACACGUAUGGCUCUGUCGCAGGAUAUGUGCUUGGGCUUUUUCUCAGAAUAAGUGGAGGAGAACCAUAUCUACACCUGCAGGCUCUUAUCUGCUAUGGAGAAUGCUAUCUAGAUAGGAAUAAUAUAUAUAUGCAAAGAUUCCCUUUCAAAACUCUUUCCAUGCUGGUUUCAUUUACAACAAACAUAGCCAUCUCCUACUUGGCCAAAUAUCUAUUUGAAAAGGGGACAUUGUCACCAAAGUUAGAUUUCUUUAAUGCUGUGGUGGCUAAGCACAGUGAAGAGAACAUGGACAAGACAACUCUUGUGAAGAGUGACAAUAUUAAUUUGUCUGAGUUAGCUCCAGUGAAUCCAAGACAUAGCAUAACUCUGGCAACCACGUUCGUAAAUAAGGAGGCUAUCAGUGACUUGGACUCUAGCCCAGAGUCUCCUGAUCUUGAAAAUAAGGACCUGUGACAUAGCCAUAGCAAGACUGCUUCUCUCACAUAGUAAGUAAUGAAAAUGCUAUGCUAUACACUGAAAUAAAGAAAGUGUAGGCAGCAUUUUAGUAAAAAAAUAUAUAUAUACUGUAUGUGGUUUUCUUAUACCAAUGUCAUUGCACAGUUCAACACAGGUAUUACCAUUAAUGGAUGUUCAGCAGAAAUCUUUACUAUCUUGUUGUUUUUGAUGUAUUUGUGUUUUGUUUGCUUUAUCUUCGGGGAAGAAUCUAGCAAUAAGCAACAUGCUUACAUUGGUAAAUACAUACAGUAUAUGAAACUGCAAAUCAAUACAUUAACAACAUGCAGUGUGCAUAUAACAUUGAACAUACAAUAUGACCGUUCUGAGUAGUUUACUGUGCAAAUCUGCCACAAACCCUUAAAAUGAGAGUUCCUCACAGAAGAUGUCAUAUAUCAUACAUUUUUAUUUACUUUGGCUAUCUAUAUAUUUAGGAUAUGAUUUAAACACCAGCAGUUUUGCAUUGUGUUUUAUACAGUAUGUGUUUGGGAACAGCUCGCAGAAUACUUUGUUCUCAGUACUCAACAUUUUAUUGGAGUUUUGCAAACUGCAGAAUUGAUAGACAUAAAUAAGAAUAUGGACAUUGUCUAAAAGAAUAUCUAUAGGAACAAAUAAGAAACUACUUGUUGGAUCCGUGGAGGAAUAUUGAAUAUUGUAGACAAGGUUUAUAUAACUGAUGACUUUCUAUGUACAGUAGUUAGUUCCCUGGAGUGACCUACAAUAUAUAUAAUCAUUGGAUUCCAGGCAUUCUUGCAGUUUCCUAAUUUAUAUACAAAUGACAAUUCUGUGUCGCAAUUUGUGCAAUUUCCUGGUGCAACCUGCAUUUGUUAUAUUUCAGGUGACUAUUAAAUAUUAACAUCUGGCAGAAUUGAGCAACAAUUGUACAAAAUUAAAUAUGUAUAUAUAUAUAUACAGUACAUUGCAAGAAACAAUCCAUGGUCUCUUCCCCUGAACUCCCUUUUCUGCUCCCAUACCCUUCAUUGCCAGUACCACUAUCACUGCGAUUUAUCAGUGGAACAUUAAGAAUUCCAUUAUCUUUGUUGGAUCUCUAGCUCUGUCCCCAUUUUCCAAAUAAAGUAUUGUUUAUAUGCCUGUUCAUCUACUGAAACUCUCAUCAUUCUCUGACACCCAUUAUAGACAACAUCCAAAUGUAUCUUUUCAUUAGAAUACACAGUGAGCCAAAUGGAAUAAUACACAGCAGGUAUCAACAUGUAAGUAUUCUAUAAUAAAUAGUACCAAGAGCAUCUCUACAAGUUCAUUGGUAUAUACAGCCAAACCCUCAUCCAUACUCACUUUUUCUAUUGUCUUUCCCCAAAUACUGUAAGCUUAUUAAGAUCCACUGCUGACAUUCAUAUCCCACAAAUAGAUACCUCAGUGUGUAGGGAACGGCAAAUGAAUUUGUCUCUAUUGAAAAGAUCAACAUCUAAUGGUACCAAAGAAUAGGUAGUGUACAUGUAAUCACUGGUUUCUGGCACAUAGCAAGUUUCAAAGUGGCAAAAAAUGUUUACAAGUCUAUACAUGUUGAUGCAGUUAAAGGAUGUCAUCCAUUGUGCUCAAUGUACAUUUUAUUAUACUUAUUUUAGUGAUAUUUUGUGUUCUUGAUAGAGACAUAAAAUGUGACGGCAGUUAAGAACCACUUGGUCCAUCUAGUCUACCCAUGUAUACACAUGGCUUUCACACUAGGGUUCAUUUUUCAGGAGCCAAUUAACAUACCAGUAUGUUUUUGGACUGUGAGAGGAAACCGGAGAACCCGUACAAGUAUGGGGAGAGUAUACAAACUCCACACAGUUAGGGCCAUGGUUGGAAUUGAACCCAUGACCUCAGUGCUGUGAGGCAGUAAUGCUAACCACUACACCAUCAGUACUCCAUACUAUCACUACUUAUGUUUUUAGUAACUAAAAUAUGUAUUUGGUUAAACAUAUAUGCUAAAUUAUUUAUUAGUAAUUACAUUUGAGAACAACAUUUUUUAACACAAUACUUCUUUUAAAACAAAUCAGUGCUCAUUAAUAGGCAUUUGUAUUAUAGUAGUUCAACUAAUGUAUGUCAUUACAGCUUAACAACUUCAAAUAAGCAAUGCACUUGACAAUAAUAAUUUUAAAAUCAUUAAUUCUUACACUCCUUUACUUCAGUCUCCUUCUUACACAUUGGUGUCUGGCAAAUACUAGCACUUCAUCCAUACUGCAAUUACAUCCUUGUUGCCUUCUAUUGACCAGGAUGGCAGCUACUGUAUCUCAAGAGGACAUCUUUUACAUGUACACUCAUUUAGGGCAACUGGCCAGGAGUUCCAGCCAUUUGGCUUGUAUCAUAGUGUAAGGCCAGAUUUCAAUGAAUUAGGAGGUACAUGUAAAGAAAAAAUAAAUAGCAAAAACAGUAAAUUAAAUUACAUUAAUUACAAAUAAAAAUCACAGAAAAUGCAUUGUACAGUAUGAAUGUAUAUAACACACUGGGGGAGAUGAAUCUUGCUUUGGAGAUAGAUAAAGUUGAGAAGUUGCCCAAAGCAAACAAUUGGCUCCUAAAUGCAAAUUAUCUAGAACAAUCUAUGAAAUGACAGAAGCUAAGAAAUUGCUGGGACAAGUUUUUGACUUUAUCUCUCCACUCACUAUCUUUAAUAGUAAAAAUUAGAACGCUAUAUGAAGCCUUAUGUAAUUUUAUAUCAACCAUACUUUUUUUCUUCAGCACCCCCACUGUAACUUCACAAUUAACAGAGUUGAAACAGAGUUGCAAAGUGUCUGAGGGGUAUAUUUAAUAAACAUAAUUAUCUCAUAACAGCUGGAAAUGUGAUAUUUAAGUUUUUUUUGGAGAUGUUUGUUUAAAAAAAAAAAAAGAUACCAACAGCCACCCGAAACGCUGCCAAACGUCACUGUUUGGGACUCACGGGCAGUAGUUGUGACUCCCCUAUUUGAAUUUUGGACUGCUCUGCAGCUGCGACUGGAGAAGAGAUAUUUACUUUAUCUCCAUCACCAGAAAACAUAAAUAGCACAUUUUCCAGCGUUUAUAAGAUAAUUAUGUUUACUAAAUGUUUUUAAAAAAAGGUUUUCAGAUAAAGGUCAGAGUGUUGCAACCCUCAAGUACCCCUAACGUAUUAUUUUUCUUUUCCAGAAUUUCUCUAAAUGUGCACAUGCAUAUUAAUCGAAGUCAUUUGUCCAUUACUUAUUCCACAUGUAAAUUCACAACAUGUAAUCUUGGGUGUAUAUAUAAUAUACAUUGUCUUCUCACCUCUAUUCACAUCAUGCAGGUCACUUCACAAAAACAGUUCUGUCUGGAGGCUAUAAGAAUGAGCUGAUCUUCCACUGGUACUGGAUACACUGUAGCAUACCAUGGUUAGAGUAGUUGGGAGGGAGAAAUUAGAGAUUUUGAGGAGCACUUCUGCAUGGAUCCUGUAGGUACGUAAGAAGAGGUACCAUACAGUAUGAUGCUGCCUACACAUGAUACUUGGUUAUAACAAAAUGUAACUGAAAUUGUAAUGAACAGAGGCUUUCAUAUAGCCUAAACCUAAGUAUUUCACUGCAAAGCAACAGAGAACUGAGAAAUUUAUGAUAGUUAAAAUAGGCCAAGUAGUGACCGUUAAUAUAUUAAUAAUAAAGUAGCCUAUGCUAUUAAAUGCUUGCCCACAUUUAGUGUGUAUUACUAUUGAUUUGAUAUUGUUAUCUAUCUGUUGACUCCUUUGGAUAAAUCUUGAGGCACUGGAGGUAUGAAUACCAGAGAACCAGCUGCAAAGCUCUGACAGAAAUUGAUCCGAAGCAAUGUCAUAAAGAGUCUAAACUGUGACCCUUAAUAUAAACUAGUGCCUUACUGUAUGACUGUACAAAUCCUUGUGAGUUAUAGCUUCAGAAACUGUGUGUCAUUCAUACAUUGUGUUGCCACGUAUUGUCAGAUGUGAGCAUUUUGUUAAUGUUGUUGCAGGGAUGUUCCUUGUGAGUCCUUUAAUUCAUUCUACACACCAACACUUGGUAGCUUGUUGUUCAUAUAGUAUUUGUUAAAACAGUUAAUUGUUAGGUAUUGAUCAUGUUAUUAGUUAUUUUACUAAGGUGGUUGGAUAUAUAUGAUAUGUUGUAGUCCAGACAUAAUUAAAAAGCCAGCAUCAGACAGAGUUGGAUUUGCUUCUUAAGAACACAGAACUGGCACAGACUUUGGCUAAAUUAACGCUGUCCAGGCAUUUAUGUGAGGAGGACCAUGUAUACAUGUGUAAAUGAUAUGCUUGCAAGCCAAAUAUAAGUAAAAAAAGAGUGUCAUAUAGCACAGUCAGCGGAGGUGUAGUGGAGCCAAAACACGCUUCUUCGGCUGCAUGUUGGACAGCCUCAUCCCAGAUAGUCAAAUAAACCAAAUUUAUAUAUCUAUUAUAUAAAGCGGACUAUUGGUAGAAAUGAUGUCGUAGCAUACACAUGCAUGUGCACAGCGGCCCUAACGUGUACAGCGCACACAUGGCUCCUCACGCCACACAGUCCCUCCCCUCUCCCACAUAUUAUCCAAAGCAGCAAACUUACUGUGCAUUGCUUUACUGCACAGAAAGAAGGGAGAGGAUCAAUGUACACAAGCACUGGUUACCGGAUGGGUGGGACCCAUGUGCACACACCAGAUCAAAGUGUAACCGACCAUAGAGGAGGUACUGACUCCUGAGACCGAUAGUAAAAGUAAGAGAGUCAGAGAGGGAAAAGUGACAGGGGAAGCAGGAGAGAGUGAGUGAGUGAGUGAGUGAGUGAGUGAGUGAGAGUGAGGGGCAAGAGGGAGGAGGGUGAUAUGGUGGGGAGGUCAUCAAGACAGAGAAGAGAGAGAGAGAGAGAGAGAGAGAGGAGGACUAUAGAGACAAUGUAGUCAUAGAGAAAGAAAGCAGGGAAUGGACAAUGCGGAGGGUGACUGCUACAUAUGGGUGAGAGAGAGAGAGAGUGUAUCUACUUGUAGCACCUAUUUUUAGAAACAAGGCUCUAGUUCCCUGUAACACCGGAUUUUCUUCAAUCAUAACAGUAAUCAUAUCUGGGUGACAAAAUAAACACAAUUCUACAAUUAUAUCCACACUGCUAUUCUCCAUCCUGAGAGUCAGAAUUCUAAAUCCAAUGACAAUAUGCAGGACCAUUCCAUCUGUAAAACAAAACUGAGGGAGCAGAUGUAAUUAUUGCAGUGUGUAUUGACUGUACCAUACCAAGUAACCCAUUAUCAUUUCAACACAAAUGUGUCUGUUCAUUGUAUAAUAAAUGUAUCGUAUUGGUAAAUUUGCAAACAUUUUCCAAUUCCCAUUUAAUAACAUAGAAAAUGUAUUACUUUGUGAAGUUAAAAGUGAAGAAAACAAUUCAACGUUCCCCAUAGACAUCCGUACAAUAUUUUGCAUUUCAGUGUAACUAUCUGUUUAUGAGCAAAAUAUGUGAUGUGGGAUAUUUCUGCCUCAUUCCAUGUUCAAAUAAAGUGUACUGUUUUCUUGUUCCAUUGUAUCUUGUAUAUUGCAUUUACUGUUGAUACAGAACACUUACUUCAUUUUGUGAUUUAAAUAUGCAGUAUGUGCAGAAAGAAAUAUAUGGUAUAUCUGUCAGCUGACAGACAUUUGAAAUAUUAUAAUGCAUAUAUAUAUUUUUGUUUGUUCCAGAUGAUAUAUAGCAACAUACUUAAAAAAUAAUAUAAAAAUGUAUCUAUAUGUUCUAGUACUGUACUAAAUAGUGCCAAAUGGGGUUCAGGAAAGUAAUAGGGUAACAAACUUUAUAUUAAUGUAUGUAGACAAUAUAUUUAUUUUUAAAUUUAUUUUAUUAGUUAUUGAAAUAUUAUGUGUGUAGAAUAGCAAAACAGAUAUGCUUUAAUAAACUUUUUUACUCAAUG